AGUCGGCACCAAACAAAGCUGAAUAUAACAAGAACCAAUUCUGCCCUCUUCUUGCGCCAGGUCGAAACUCCCAAAUCUCUCUCGCCAGAAUCCCCCAGUCCUCCCUUACGCGGCAGCCAAACAAAAAUAUAUAGUGUAGAUCGGUUCUUCCUUCCUGUCGCCCAAAUCGGAACUCCCAAAUUCUUCUCGCCAGAAUCCUCCAGCCUCUUCCUUCGAUAAACCAUCCAUCAGACCAACCGAUGGCGCCGGAUGAGGCUGUGGCCGGCGUCGAGUGUGUCUGCCCUGCCAAAAGAAAGGCGGAGGCUUUCGCCGGAGAGGAGUGUUCGCGCGCCGCCAAGAGGCUCGACUGCUCCGAGGGAGACAAGGAUGCACCGGCAGGGACGGUCCAACGAAAAAAGAUGUGGCGGCUGCCACUGGAGGAGAUCAAGUGGAUCCUUGCACAGCCGAACGAACCUGUUUGGGCUGAGAUCCGGGAGCUCAAGCGCGCCAACCCGUCGCUGCUGCCAUCGCCUGAGGAGGAGAAGGAUGAGGCAAUGGUGCUGCUGUACGCAUGUGCUCGCGACUGCUAUGAGGAUGAAGAGAAGUUCGCGCGAUUCCAGGCCUGGGUCCGCAGCGAGUACGCCUCCAUGGGAUUCGUGGAGGUCGACUACGACUACUUCGGUGAGAGGGCCGAGGCGACGAGGCUGAGCAAGGAGGCACGGGAGGAGGUGUUCAGAGACACGGAUCUUUCUUCAGACAGCGAGGACGACGACGAGUUGAAGCAUCUCAAGAGAACAGUUAGGAGCUGGGUCUGAAAUCCAUAGUUCUAUCUAUUUCAGGUUUCUGAUGCUGGUGGCCUGUCACGGCAUCGGAGCUACUACCUCCUCUUGUCUUAUCUUGUAACCCUGCUGGUGCAGCAAUUCUUUGUACUGAUGCCCGUGUGCGCCCAUGUCGCAAGAGGCUAGUACGAGCAAGUAUUGUUUGUUCAGUAAAAAUUGAUAUACCGGAUUGCAAGGAGUCAGCCUCUA